AUGUCAGAUUCCAACACAACCGACUUCACCAACCCCUCCACCUUCAUCCUGCUGGGCAUUCCUGGCCUGGAGGCAGCCCACGUCUGGAUCUCCAUCCCCUUCUGCGCCAUGUACAUCAUAGCCAUCUUGGGGAACUUCACCAUCCUGUCCAUCGUAAAGACGGAACCAAGCCUCCAUGGGCCCAUGUACUAUUUCCUCUGCAUGCUGGCCGUCACCGACCUGGUCCUGUCUACGUCCAUCCUGCCCAAAUCACUGAGCAUCUUCUGGUUCAAUUCCAGGGAAAUAGAUUUCAGUGCCUGCCUCACCCAGAUGUACUUCCUUCACUGCUUUUUAGUGAUGGAGUCUGGGAUCUUCGUGGCCAUGGCUUUGGAUCGUUACGUGGCCAUCUGCCAUCCCCUGAGACAUUCCACCAUCCUGACAAACCCCGUGGUGGCCAACAUCGGCCUAGCCGUGGUACUGCGUGGUGGCAUGAUCAUACUACCCUCUUUCCUCCUGGCAAGUCAGUGGCCAUAUUGCAGAACAAACAUCAUUCCCCACACGCACUGUGAACACAUGGCUGUGAUGAAGCUGGUCUGUGCUGACAUCCACGUCACUAGUUACUACGGCCUAUUUGUACUAUUCUUUGUGACCGGUGUGGAUGUGUUUUUUAUCGCUGUGUCCUAUAUCCAGAUCCUCAGGGCCAUCUUCAGCCUCCCCACAAAGGACGCCCGGCUCAAGACUUUUGGGACCUGCGGCUCCCACCUCUGCGCCAUCUUAGCCUUUUACAUGCCAGCUCUCUUCUCCUUCCUCACGUACCGUUUUGGCCACAAUGUGCCCCUACAUUUCCACGUUCUCAUUGGCAAUGUGUACCUCCUGGUGCCCCCCAUGUUAAACCCCAUCAUCUAUGGGGUGAGGACCAAACAGAUCCGGGACAGGCUUCUCCGGCUCAUUACUCAUAAAGGGACUAAGUUUUUCUCUUGGUGCUCUGGCUCUCAGACCAAGUUCCAUGCAGAUCUGGGUGGUGACUUGGUCCUGGGCCCUCUUCCCUGA